CCUUCUCGAGGUGUCUCCUUGAGGACUGAGAGAGAAUUCACUUUCAUGUAUGUGAGCGCAAGGAGGACCCUCUUUGGAGUUUUCUCCUUUUCUUUUCUUGAUUUUGCUAGAAAACAGACGUCCCUGUAUAGAAGCCAGUCGAUCACCCUAGUGUCAUCACCCUGCCUGCUGGCUGGGCAGGGUAACUCCUCAGAUCACCACCCUUUCCAGCCUGCCUUGGGCUUGGAGAGUGAGGAGGGCGAGGGACAUCUGCUGACCCUGAAAAUCCAUCAUACCAUCACCUAGAGCAAGAUGGCCAGGCUCCUGAGGAUGUUCAGGAAGAAGGCUCUGCAGGUGGCCCCAGAGCCUGAGGGAAGCAGCUGCCAUCUUCCUGAGGGGCAGAGCCACCUCUCCGUCCCCGCUGGCGGGGAAGCAACUCCCGUCCAGGCCAGAAGGCGGAAGUGCCCAGCCUUCUGGUGAACAAAACCAGCUCCCGGUGCAGGCUCCGAGCUGGGAGAGGCCCCGACCAGGCCCAGAUGGAGCUGGCUCAGGAUGUGGUUUCGCAGACAGGACCCAGCCCAGGAGGGGCACCGGGCAGGGAGGCUCUGGGGCUUGUUGUGUGGGCAGCAGCAGCCCCAGGAGCCCAGCCCUCAUUCCCAGCAGGAGGCAUCGCCCUGCCUGGUCACUGAGGACCUUCCAGCCCCCUCAGGCCAGGAGAUGGAAGAUCCCUGUCCCAGCACCAACAGCUCAGCAUGGGACAGCAGCAGCACCUGGGACUCUGGCAGCAGCGACACUGGACGCUGCUGCUUUGUUCCAGGAGCUCACUGAGGAGCUUCCUAAAGACUCUCCACCCAGCGCCAUCCUCGCCAACUCGCUGAUUGCAGUGGGCAACCUCAGCACCAUGAAACCAGCCCUUGAGCCUGACCUAGAGACCUGCCUCUUGCGAGCUGCCCUUCGCUCCGUCUUCACCCUGGGCAUGGAGAAGGAGACCAUCAACAUCCAGAUCUCAGCAGAGUUCCCUAGGAUGGGUCACCACGUGGCACAGCUGGCUCUGUUUGUCAGUGACCCAGACAAGGACAUCAGCCGGCAGGCCAGGGAGGGGACUUACCGGCUCUACCUGCUGCUGCUCCAACAGAGGGGGCUGACCAUACACAAGGCAGAAGAUCUGUGGUGCCACGACUGGCACCAGGACAGCAGGCUCCUGGGCUAUAAGAACAUGGCCAGGGUGGGGGAGGUUUCUGGAAAAUUCUUCUCUGAGGGGCAGAGAAAAUAUUUCCUCCAGACAGCAAUGCUGGCGAUCCAUGACCCCCUGCUGCGUGUCAACCAGGCUGGGCUGCUCCUCAUAUACUCCAUCCUGGGGGAAGCCCAGCAGCUGAUGGGGGACAAGCUGGAGGAUGACACAGCCAAGGUGAUGUGCCAGCUCCGCAUCAUCCGGCACUUGCACCAGGUGCCCGAGGCGCUGCAAGGGCUGCGCCUCAUCUGAUGCCCUUAAAGGUUCCCCUCCCAUGUUCAGCAACUCCCGCUCCCUGCUGCAGGCCCUGGGGGGUGUGACAGCCUCCCAGAUGGGUGCAGUCAGAAGCUGAGCCACCUCAAGGAGCAGUGGGGACAGGUCACCUUGUCCUAUGAAAUCAAGCAGUGCUAGUUCCCAAAGAGGCUGAGAGGGAAAACCCCGCUCCCUCAUGGAGUUUCAGACCCUCUGUUCUCCUUCUGAGGUGCCUGGACCCUGAUUUGUAACAUCUCUCUUCCAGUCUCUGUCUCAGCAUCUUACACAGAUGUAUGUUGCAGCCAGCCCAGCUCAGAGAGCAGUGAGGAGAGAUGAUCUCCUCCUGUCAAACCAAGCACCAUGGGUCCCAUUGAGGCUUAGAUGGAAGAUCCCAUGCAUCUCCUCGAGGCUGGGAGUGAGGCUGAUCAUCCUGGCAAUGAGACCCAGGGAUCUGUUCAGAAAUGAGGGAUCCCCAGUGGAAACUUGUCUAGCAAAUGAAAACAGAACUGGG